AUGCCUCCUCGAACGGGCUUGCGCAGUCGCAGCCUGAGAGUGCUCCACGCUGAGCCGUAUGUCUGUCCCUCUUGCGCCUCCCAGCGGACCACACGAACGCGCACGAACGACACUGGGAGAAACACCGCACGAAGCUUCGCAACGCGUCACAUCAACCCACUGCAAGCACAUGACACACGCCCAAGGCAAGCAAAGCACACGGGUUCCGGAGUGCCGCAUCGAUUCGCCAGCAACGACAACGGUCUCGCGUCACGAACAGCUGUCAAUGCCCCAUCGACAGUACCGAUUGCAUUCCGCGAGCUGCACCAGCAGCUUCUUCUUCUGCAGGACAAAGCCAGCAGCUAUGUCGACCUUGCCCGACUACAACUCGCCCUGAGAAGCCUCGAAAGCAAGGACCCGAUCAUUCGCAUUGCCUUCCUGGGUCUGGGAGCAAAAGGGACACGUGCGGCAAGAAAGCUAGCAAGAGCAUUGCUGGCCGACGAGCUUGGCGACGAGGCAGAAUGGGAGAGGGGACUGCUGCACGAAGAUGAGGGCAAGGGCAUUCUGCUGAAGUAUGGCGAGGCAGAUGAUGGAGCUGGAGUGCUUGGCGGCUCGCCCGUGGUGAAAGAGAUGAGGAUACCGAGUCCCAGACUCAAGCGGUGGAACGCCGAAAUCUUGGUUUCGGGGCUGAAUGCGAGCGGCUACGUAUCUUCUGAUGCAGCAGAAGGCGCCAAAGAGCUGGAAGAGAGCAUACUCGUCCCACCGGUCACGAUCCCGGGAGCAGGAAGUAGAGUUGGCUUCGUCCGGUAUCCAGUGCAUCAGGCGUUGAUACUAGCUGAGGGCGUCAGCGGUGCUGUAGAGUUCGGAAAGCUGCCGACUUCGCUGGUGGACGGCCGCCUCAUCAAUGCUGCGCUGAGUCUGCCUCUGCGCGGACUAGGUGAAAUGCAGGAGGCGGGCGCUACCGACAUCGAGCUUGCGGAACAGGCGCUGGCCCUCUUUCGAAGUAGCAAUGCAAAUGGCGCCAUCUACAGUCAGCAAUGGCAGGCAAGUCGCGUACAGAGCGUAUCAAACUGGAUUUCGCAUCCAUCAGACACAACUGAGCCUCGUAUGAAGCCGGCUCUGGCGGACAUGCUCGAAUCGAUCCUCUCGCGUGCGCAUAGAGUAGUCUCGAGCGCGGAGGUAUCGGCCGAGACUGCAUCAGCGGCGCUCGCUGUACCAAAGCCGAAGCGACUAUCCAUCCAGGCCGCCAUCAGCUCAUGGUCAGAAGAAGCUCAUAGAGACCUGCAGAUGAACCUGGCGUCGGCUCUACUAUCGCCCACUUGGCGCCGGACAACAUGGUGGCGCCUCUUCUGGCGGAUCGACGAAGUUUCCAUCUCUGCUAGUGAUGUGUUGCGCCGUGGCUGGCUCGUGGAAGCAGAGCAGAAUCUUGCCUUCCUCAGUGGAAGAAUCGUGGAGGCAGGACUUGCGACAGUGGAAGAGCUGAAACGGGAGUCCGCAUCAGAUCCUGCGGCAGAGACUGGCCUUCUCGACAAGGCCAUGAAGAACGAGAUCGGCGAGUACAAAGCAGUGCAAUCUGGGGAGCUGCCCUCCGGCAAGGUCGAAACAGUAGCAGAGCUGAUGCAGCUGCCACCCAUGUUGGCGCGGGUUGAGGAGCAGAGUGGUUUGAACGCAAUGUUUGACCCACCUUGGCCGCAAACGAUCCAUCUUUCACGACAGCAAAUGCUGCAUCGCCUCGUGCCAUCUAUGCAUCGCAAGGCACAAGCUCUCAUGCUUGCUUCUCUGAGCACGAUCGGUGGAUCAGGGGCUCUUGCUGGAUGGCUGUGGGUAGCAUCUGGUGGCGUGGCACUAUACGAAGCAGGCGCGAUCGCAGCGCUCGGACUUGUAUGGGCACUGCGAAGACUGCAAAAGAAGUGGACGAACGAUAGAGAAGCAUUCACCGAGUCAGCCAGGGAAGACGCCAGGAGAGUGCUCGCAGAUCUCGAGAGCAGACUCAAGAGGACAGUCAACGACAGCGGCAGAGUGAUCGUCCGCACGGAGGACAAGGCCGAAUGGGCAGCAGCUAGAGCGGCGAUCGAGGCAUGCCACAACGAGCUGGUGAAGGUUGCUGGCGAAAACGAUGUCGGAUCGCAUGAUUGA